AUGCCGUCUGCGACGACCACCGCAGCCGCAGCCUCCACCACGCUCAAUCUGGCCGCGGCGUCUUCGACCGUGGAUGAAGACCAAGACAUCUACGAUGAGAUCGAGAUCGAGGACAUGACGUACGACUCGAAUCUCGAAAUCUACCACUACCCAUGCCCUUGUGGAGACCGGUUCGAGGUUGCCGUCGCCGAAUUGCGAGACGGCCAGGACAUUGCCAUCUGCCCCAGUUGCAGUCUGAUGAUCCGGGUUAUAUUCGACGAGGCCGACUUGCCUGAAGCAAAUGAGAAGAGUUGA